AUGAAACUGAAGUACACAGUGUAUUGUGUACAGUACCAAACUUUCUUCAGCUCUUCAGAUAAAUCUAUAUCUUUCUCACAGAAAGGACAGAGAUAUUAUCCACAAACACAUGCAGAUAUGGCAUCCUCCAGCAAUGUCCUGUCUAAAGAGCAGUUCCUGUGCUCCAUCUGUCUGGAUGUGUUCACGGAGCCAGUCUCUAUUCAAUGUGGACACAACUUCUGCAUGGCCUGUAUCAGGAAGUACUGGGAUACCAAUGACCUGUGCCAGUGCCCCAUGUGUACAAAUACAUUUGAUAAAAGACCAGCUCUCUUUGUUAAUGCUUUCAUUUCUGAGAUGGCUGCUCAGUUCAGGAAGUCAGUUAAAAGGAAAGCUACCAGCAGCCCAGACCAAUGCCCUGCCAAACCUGGAGAAGUGUCCUGUGAUGUCUGCACUGAGAUGAAGCUCAAGGCACUGAAGUCCUGCCUGGUGUGUCUGACCUCUUACUGUGAGACUCACCUGGAGCCUCAUCAGAGAGUCACAGCCUUAAGGAGACACAAGCUGAUCAACCCUGUUGAGAACCUGGAAGACAGAAUUUGCAAGACACACAAGAGACUCCUGGAGUUGUUCUGUAGGAAUGACCAGAUGUGUGUUUGUGUCUUGUGCAUAAAAACAGACCACGAGACUCACCAUACUGUCCCUCUCGAGGAAGAGUUUGGAGAGAGGAAGGGUAAAUUGGAAAAAACACAGGCAAAAGUGCAACAGCAAAUCCAGGAGAAACUGGAGAAGGUUCAGGAUAUCAAACACUCAGUAGAGCUCAGCAAGAGAAACUCAGAGAGAGAGAUUACAGACAGCGCUCAGGUCUUCACUGUUCUGAUGCGCUCCAUUGAAAACAACCAGGCUGAUCUCAUUGAGGUGAUUGAGAAGAAGCAGGAAGCAGCAGAGAGGCAGGCUGAAGAACUCAUUAAAGAGCUGGAGCAGGAAAUCACUGAGCUAAAGAGGAGAAGCACUGACCUGGAGCAGGUCUCACACACUGAGGAUCACCUCCAUCUAGUCCAGAGCUUUCCAUCCUUAUGCACCCCUCCACCCACCAAGGACUGGUCUGAGAUCAGAGAGCGCCCUCCACUCACCAAGGACAGUGAUCUGUAUGUGGGGAUUGUGAGGAGAGCCGUGUCUCAGCUAGAAGAGACAGUCAUGAGUGAGAUGAAGAGGUUGUUUGAUGAUGAGCUGAAGAGGAUUCAGCAGUAUGCAGUGGAUGUUAUUCUGGACCCUGAUACAGCAAGCCCCUGGCUCAUUCUGUCUAAGAAUGGGAAAGAAGUGAGAACUGGAGAAAAAAAACAGAAGCUCCCUGAUAACCCAAAGAGGUUUGAUUCUGCCGUUAAUGUCCUGGGAAAGAAAGGCUUCUCCUCAGGGAGAUUCUACUAUGAGGUAACUGUUACAGGGAAGACGGAGUGGAAUUUAGGAGUGGCCAGAGAGUCUAUCAACAGAAAGGGGACUGUCGCAUUAAGCCCUGAUAAUGGACGCUGGGCAGUGAUCCUGAGGGAUGGGAGUAAGUACAUAGCUUGUGCCCCGACCCGUGUCCACCUCUGCAUGAGAGAGAAGCCCCAGAAGGUGGGGGUGUUUGUGGAUUAUGAGGAGGGUCAGGUCUCAUUUUAUGAUGUGGAGGCCAGGUCUCAUAUCUACUCUUUCACUGGCUACACCUUCACUGAGAAACUAUAUCCAUACUUCAGCCCUUUGCUCAAUGAUGGUGGUAAAAACUCUGCCCCUCUGAUCAUCUCUCCUGUCAAUCACACAGACUGAGUUUGAACCUGAAACUGACCUGAAACUGACCUGUAAAAUUAGUACCUCAAUUAGAGUUCACUCUUUCAUAAAACACCAGGGAGAAUAUUUCGCUGUAGUUUAUUAACUGAUGUUUGUUAUUAUUAUUUGACUUCUAAAAGAACAAUCCUUUAUCUGAUCUUAACGGAGCAGUGGGCCGGCCACUCUUCAAUAUCACCUGGGCCAACACCUUCCCACUAAUGAGAUGACAAACCAGCACAGGUGUAACACAUACUGAGUAACGAGAGGACACCAAUCAGUGCGCCCCACGCACUAACGUCCAACCUCUAAAUAUAAAUGGAAAAACCAAAGCCUAUAAAUAACAUUGUCAGUCUGUUAGACAUGAUGAGUGCAGAAUGCAGCAGCAAUGUAACAGUUGACCUGUAUUACCAAUAUCUCAGGCUCACAACAAGGUAUGACUUCAUAUCUGGGAGAGAAUUCAGAGGUUGUUCUGAUUACUGUCCCCCAUGAUGAAAUCGGCUCUGUUUCUGUCCGAUAGCACGUUUGUAUGUUUGUCACACGCGAUAUCUCAGACUGGGAUAUCAGACUGUUUUUGAUGAAACUUGGUUGUAUGAUGUGUCUUGCUGUAGAGAUCUGGCAUUUUCUAAAUGACACAGACUGGCCAGGUGGAGGCACUAUAACUUGCAAUUGAAAAUGCACAUUUUGAAAAGGUCACGCCCCUCACCCAGGUUGUCCAAUAGUCAUGAAAUUCAGUACAUCGGUCCUCCUCUUCACAAGGAACACAUUAGCAGCAGGGAUCCAGAAGGUCCACCAUGAUGGAUAUUCCACCAUUUAGAAUUUGGUGACAAACACUUCAAACGCUUCUCCUCUGGCACUGAAUGACCGAUCAGCAAGAAACUUGAUAUGCGGCUCGUAUGGACAAACGUCUCUCAACGCAAUAAAUUCCAGACUAGUACCUAAAACAACAUGGCCGUAAUGGCCAAUAAACUUUCAUGUGAUCCGAAACACAAAUCAGUCACAGAUAUUUGUAUUGUAACAAAUUUGGUACACAUGUUGAAAACACUGUCAACAAGACCCAACAUAUGCAGGAACAUUCAUAUCGACCACAAGGUGGCACUAUAACUGGCACAUGUUUUGUUAAUAUCAGCAUAGUCUCGUUUGAAUUUGCCGGGGGAAGGGGGGGUUUCAUUGAGGGGGACAAUGUUUAAUGCUGCAUUGUUUUAAUUCUGAUAAUAUCAGCACUAUAUGUUUGUUUUACUUAGAUAUAUACAAUGCAUAUACUAUGUUGAUCCUCAAUAGCUUUAAUGGUCACUGAGUAACAUUCAGGAUGUCUGGAUAAAUACAUUCAGUUGAAUAGUGAUACACUUGGUAUUCAGUCUAGCACAGCACCAGAGCUUUAGAAUAGUGAUACACUUGGUAUUCAGUCUAGCACAGCACCAGAGCUUUAGAAUAGUGAUACACUUGGUAUUCAGUCUAGCACAGCACCAGAGCUUUAGAAUAGUGAUACACUUGGUAUUCAGUCUAGCACAGCACCAGAGCUUUAGAAUAGUGAUACACUUGGUAUUCAGUCUAGCACAGCACCAGAGCUUUAGAAUAGUGAUACACUUGGUAUUCAGUCUAGCACAGCACCAGAGCUUUAGAAUAGUGAUACACUUGGUAUUCAGUCUAGCACAGCACCAGAGCUUUAGAAUAGUGAUACACUUGGUAUUCAGUCUAGCACAGCACCAGAGCU